AUGGAGCAGAUGCUGUUGGAGACCAGCCAGGCUACAAAAGCCUUAGAUUUGUCAGAGUUGCCCGAACAAGUGUCCGGUGAGAUGCGCUUCGCAAUUGUUUUGUACAUGAGUGGUCUGAAGCUUUUCAAUCCCCUGGGCUUCCCGCGGCAAUCCCUGGGAUUCCUCCUGGAUGAGCAUCUCUUCAAGCAAGACCAGCAGCUUUUAAAGCAAGCCCAUGGCUUUCUGUAUUACCUCAUGACUGGACUGUCUCGUCUUCCAUCCUGGCCACAGCCGUACCUCUACCGGGGGGUUGGGGCUGAGUCCCGCGAGGCUUAUGUCAGUGGACGCACUUGCUUUUGGCCAGGUUUAUGCUUUGCGACCUCCAACGCAAGUCAGGCAAGACUCUCAGCUGGUCCAGCCGGUGUGAUCUUGCGCAUCAGGGUUUUGCAAGAGGGUUCUCACAGUCGCGACUUGAGAAGCAUAUGCAGACACACUGACGCGAUUUUGCUUCCAAAUUUCAAGACACAGGUUCUUCAGGAAGCUAAGUUUGAUUCAACUAUUGGCCUUGAGGUUGUCGAAUUUGUGGAGCCACAACAAGCAGCCUUGUAA